AUGAACAGAUUUCAAAAAUUCUUAAUAAUUUUCGGUGGAUUCAUCUCAUAUAUGUUAGCUGAUGGAUAUACUUACUCUAUGGGUGUAUUAUACUCAGAGUUAAUGAAUACCUUCCAGCUCAGCAGUGCUGAGACGGCUAUUCUACCAGGUAUGAUAUUUGCAGUGCCACAGUUUUUCGCACCUUUCCUAUGCCCAUUAUUGGAUACAUAUGGAUUUUCAUCUGGUUCUGCAUGGGGUGCUGUUCUCAUGUGUGCUGGAUGUUUUAUAUCAUCAUUUGUGAACAACUUUCAUACUUUGUACCUCACUCUGGGUAUAAUGACCAGUAUUGGACUUCAAUUGACAUAUUUGUCUGCACUAAUGUCUGUCACAGCUCAGUUUGAAAAGAGUUCAUUCUUUGGCAUAGCCAUAGGUAUUACUAUGUGUGGUUCCGGUGUGGGCGCAUUUGCAUCAAAUUAUCUUCUGGCUUGGCUUUUAAGCAUUUGGAACUGGCGAGAAGUGCUAUUGAUCGAGUCAGCCAUCCUUUUGAAUAUUCUGGUAACAGCAUCAUGUUCCCAUCACUUAGAUGCAGAAAUCAAUACAAGACCACCGGAUGAGCAAAAAAUUUGUUUUUCGGAAGAUUCAGAAGAUGAAACUAGAUGUCAUCCAAAUGAAAAUUCUACUCAAGUUUCCACAAAUGUUGGACACUUUUGGACUACAUUUCGAUUCUGUUUGUGUGUUCCAUCAUUAUGUCGUUUCCAAAGAUAUCAGCCACUCUUAGGCCAACGAAAAACAAUUAGUACUGAAAUUGAGGACAAUGAACAAGGUAUCGUUAAUGGAGAGAUGGUAGUUAGGAAAAAUAUUUCAGUUAAACUGCAGUCAUGCGCAUGUCCACAAUUUAUUCAAGCAUCCAAGACCAAUUUUAAACAGUUAUUGUCACCAAAACUGUGGAAGAAUUCGAAUUUCUUAUUUUAUGUGAUAACGAAUGGAAUAACUGGUGCUGGAGUUGUCAUACCAUGGACGUUUAUUUACGACUAUGUUUUGUCAACGCUAUCCUCUUUAAAUUAUCGUAAUCAUAUAGGACUUGUGAAUAUUGAUGAUAUCUCAUGGCUGCCAUCUUUAAUUGGUUUCGGUUUGCUAUUUGGCCAGCUGUUUUUCGGUUUGAUAACAUCUCAGUUUGGUGAUAUUGGUGCUUGCUGUGAAAAUUGCAAAGAAGAUGUCAGCAAUAAAGAUAACUGUUGUUGCUCACCGUCUUCUUUUCAGACUGUUAUGACGGAAAAAUGUAAAGCAACAAAGUAUCGAUUUCACCUGUCAGUUUUUCUAAGUGUACUUCUUUUAAACGGUGUAUGCACAUUAAGUAUGGCUGUUAUACCUUUGCAAUCUAUGAAAAGCACAACCAAGCACUUUGAGCUUUUUUCUCAUGCCGAAGGACAACUAUUGGCAUUGGCUUGUUUUUUCGUUGGGAUGUCGAAUGGUGGACUAUACGUCAUAUUUCCGCAGUUAAUAAUUGAUAUUGUAGGUGUUGAAUUGUGGUCUUCUGGGCUUGGCUUGUUUUUAGCCUUUAAUGGUGCUAUGAACUUAUGUGGAACAAAUAUUGGGGGUCGGAUUAAUGAUACAACAGGUUCAUAUCAAACGGCCUUUAUAAUAGCUGCAUGCCUUCCAUUCAUUUCCUUUCUUUUAAUGAUUUCGAAAGAGCUCAUCACAAGGGCACUGUGUCCUCCUAAGUUAUCCGUUGAUUGUGACAUACAACCGGAAUAA